AGCAAAGAUGUGAUUUUGACCUUGAUCUUUGCUUGACAUGGCAUAGAGCUGCUUCUUUCUUCGCAUUGGCGUUCGUCGAAUGAGAUGGCUAAUGCUGUGUGAUCGCUUUGGAAGUUGGUAAGGAUGACGCUGGUCCAGACGCAAAAACAGAGAGGGCCAGGCAGACCAGAUCGUGACGUUUUGGUUGCCAGUCGGAUUGAACGAGGCAGUACAGGAACAGGCGCACUCAACCUUAAUUUGGCCAGGAAAUGCAAGAUGAAACCAAAAAGGGAGUGCCAGACAUAACAAGACGCAGGCUUUGUUUGUCUAA